GUUCUCUCUGCCAAACUUUUUCAAACUUCAUGCCUUGAAAACUUUUGAUCUCUCUCCAUAGAGAGACCCAACAGCCAUGGAUGAAACUCCAGAAGUUGGCAAUGGAGACGGAGAUGGCGACGAUCAAAUCCCGCUCCCCGGGUUCCGAUUUCAUCCCACGGAUGAAGAACUGGUGAGCUUUUAUCUUCGUCGGAAAGUCGAGAAGAGACCCAUCAGCCUAGAACUCAUCAAACAGAUUGAUAUCUACAAACACAACCCAUGGGACCUUCCAUAUGCAAGCAGCAACGUGGGAGAUAAAGAAUGGUACUUUUAUUGCAAGAGAGGGAGGAAGUACAAGAAUAGUAUAAGGCCAAAUAGGGUAACUGGGUCAGGGUUUUGGAAGGCCACGGGCAUAGACAAGCCAGUGUAUUCCAACGGAGGGGAAGGAAAUGAAUGCAUUGGCCUCAAGAAGACACUCGUUUACUAUCGUGGAAGUGCUGGAAAAGGCACCAAAACUGAUUGGAUGAUGCAUGAGUUCCGCCUCCCUCCGCCCACUCCCACUGCCCACAAACCCCAUCCAACCUCCAAGAACUUUGCUGAAGAAGCGGAAAUUUGGACAUUGUGUCGGAUUUUCAAGAGGAAUGUGAGCUGUAGAAGAUAUGGAACAACAAAGAACAGCAUGAGUGAAAAGAACACAUUGAAGAUGAGCAAUAAUGAUCCAAUGAUAGUGAAUUUCAGCUGUGAAUCAAUGAUAAUCCAAACGGAGAAGAAGCCAUUUCUUCCAAAUUACCCGAAUCAUCAAGAAUGGAACAAUUAUGAUCAAUACAGCAGCACUUCCAUGGACCCAUCUCCAGUGUCCAGUGGCAUCAUCUCACCACCAAUUGGGUACCCCACAAAUCAGCAGCUAGAUGUGAAUGAUUUCUUCACCAACAGCAAUUGGGAUGAGCUGAGAUCAGUGGUGGACAUGUUGUAGAUCCCCAAAUCUGAUGUAAAUAUAUAUAUAACCCCACGCACUCUGAUGAUCUGGAGGCUCUGCAGGUACACUUUUCAUUUUACAUAUAUGAAUCCAAAUAAAGGGGAACUGCGAAGAAGGAUUGUUGGAUUUCAGGGUUUUGAACAGUAAAUAAUUAGAUUAUAAUAUGAUCAAACCAUUUAUGUGUUACAUGGGUUUUUCAUUUCUUGUAACAAUUUAUAGUGUUUAGAUAUUAAUCUCUCUGAUUCUAUAUGCA